UUAUAAUUUUAGGUUAUGUUUUUUGUCAUUCCCGUUAUUUUAAAUGCAGUGUUUUAACAAAAAAUAAUGUUAUCCCGUAGAUGCAUAUACUUUUACAAGUAUGUAUGCAAUCAUAUGGUGAGGUGUAAAUAUGAAAAGCAUAAUUUAUCACAAAUAGUUUUAGGAUUGCAGUUUGAGUACAUACUAAAUAAAAGAAAUAUUGCUUGGACUACAUGUUUAUAUCAAAGUAGCGAAAAAAACAAUGAUGAUAAAGAAAAGCCGGUGUUACAAGUCAUUUCACCUAAUCUUAAAAAAGAAGAACAAAAAGAUAUUUUGGAAAAUGUCAAAGAAAAAAGUUUAGAAGUUGAUGAAGGACCUAAACAAAUAUUAUCAGCUGAAUCUAUAAAGAAAUUGAAAGAAAAAAUUAUAGGUAAAUCUGAAAAAGAAGCCGAUCCAAAACCCGCUGGAAAACCUCCAAAAAAAAGAAAAAGAGUAGACUUAUCAGCACAGUCUCUUGAAAGAAAUUUUAUUACACCUGUUAGAGCGAUGUCGGAUUUCCUACUUAAACCAUCUGAUUUAGAAUCUCUUCCUAAGACAAAGCGACGUUCACCAUAUGAGUCUGAACCUCCAAUCACAGUUUACUGGAGAAAAGAUGUAGAAGCCAAAUCUUUAGAAAUAUGGGGAUCGAUGGAAAAUUUACAAAAGGAGAGACUUAAAAGGGAUAUAGAAAGAAAAAAAUAUCAACAAAAUAUUUUCACGGUAAAACGAAGACUGAGGGACUACAGAAGAGAAAUGGGCAAGUCAACGGAUGUAAUUGAGGAAGAUACAGGCUUGCUAGGAAGAUCUGGCAAAGUAGUAAUUACUGCUAUAGCGAUCAAUGGUUCAAAUUUUCUGUUUAAACUUUUUGCGUGGAUACAUACUGGAUCUCAUAGUAUGUUCUCAGAAUGCAUACAUUCUCUAGCAGAUACAAUUAAUCAACUUAUUUUGGCUUAUGGGAUUCACAAAUCUGUGCAGAUUGCUGAUUCGUACCAUCCAUAUGGAUAUUCCAAUAUGAAAUAUGUAGCAUCUUUAAUUUCUGGUGUAGGUAUAUUUUGUGUAGGAACCGGGCUAUCAUUUUAUCACGGAAUAUCAGGAUUAUUUCAUCCCUCACCUCUGGAAGAUUUUUUUUGGGCUUACUUCAUUUUGGGAGGAUCUCUGGUGUCAGAAGGAGCUACUUGGUUAGUUGCCUUUAACUCGAUAAGGAAAGGCGCUAGAGAAGUAAAUAUGUCUGUGAAAGAUUAUAUUUUUAGAGGACAAGAUCCUAGUGUAAAUGUUGUAUUACUAGAAGAUUUUGCCGCAGUCAUAGGUGUUAUCGUUGCAGCUGGUUGUAUGGGAAUAUCCUCGUUAACCAACAGUCCCAUCCCGGAUUCGUUAGGCUCUUUAUUAGUAGGCUGUAUUUUAGGAUCUGUUGCCUCGUUCAUCAUUUACACAAAUGUUGCAGCUCUUGUUGGAAGGUCAAUUCCAGAAGAAAAUUUAGAUAAAAUAAAUGCAGAAUUAGAAAAAGAUGUAAUGAUAAGGGCAAUUCACGACGUGAAAGGUAUUGAUAUGGGCAGUUAUUUAGUUAGGUACAAAGCCGAGCUGGAUUUUGAUGGUCGAGAACUGACCAGAGCUUAUCUUGAUAAACAAGAUCUAAAUGAUAUACUCGAGGAAAUAAAAAAAAUCGACAAUAUCGAUAAAUUGGAGGAAUUUAUGCUACAACAUGGCGAAAACUUAGUGGAUAUGAUGGGCGGAGAAAUUGAUAGGAUAGAAAUGAAACUAAGGAAAAAAUAUCCAGAGAUACGUCAUUGUGAUCUAGAAAUAUUAUAAAUUAACUCUUAAUAUUUAGGCAUUUAAAAAAUAUAUAAUGUACUGUAAAUAUUGUUUUUUAUGUCAGUAUUGGUUUUUUCGGUCUUACUUAGUGUAACAACUUCACUACCCUAUGUGCUAAAACUACUUUGAUUUAUUUAUUUUCACUUAAAUUAAUUUGGAACGUCUAAUAAAAUAUUUAUUCGCUAAGAUCAAA